AUGAGCGAACUUGAUAAGCGGCUCAACAUGUUCAUACGUCGCUUCGAGCCCGUGUACUUCGACCCUGUGCACCGGAGCCACAGCCGGGCAAAGCGCUCCGUCGAUGCCGGAGGGAGCGGCGACGUACGUGUGCAGAUUCGCAGCAGUAGACGGUCACUCAACUUGCAUCUCACCGCGGACGCAUCUGUUUUUCACAAAAACCUCGUCGUAGAGUCGUCUACAGAAGGAAUCGUCAACGUUGAUACGAGCCACAUCUACAAAGGCUACGUUAUCGGUAAACCCCGUAGCCGGGUGUUCGGCUCUCUUUACCAUGGUGUGUUCGAAGGCAGCAUCGAGACCAGCUCGGGCGACAGCUUCUACGUGGAGCGGGCCAGCAGGUUCUUCAAUGACAGCCGCUCUUACCACUCGGUGCUCUAUUCCAGCGCCGACAUCGAGUUCCCUACGUUGGCAGGCGGCCGCUGGUGUGGGCUGCACGGCAGCACCGAAGAAUGGAUGAGAGACACGCUGCACAGACUCCGUCACGUUUCACCUCAGAAGAGUCACUCAGCGGUGAGCCGUGUAGGCCGGAAGCUGCACGCCUAUAGCGAAGCAAUUGAUGACGACGAAAAUGAAAGACACGACCGCUCUACAGCGAAAUAUAAUGAGCCGAUCGGCGAAGAAGAACGCGACACCAUCGUGGGAACGGAGCACGAAGAGCUCGACGAUUCCCGAGAUUACGCGGAAUCGACAAAGAAGGCGAGGUCGAAGAAUAAAUACGCGAAACCUGCCAAGCCACGUCAGGAGUCCCUGUCGCGUCGCGUGUGCAAUUUGGAGAUUGUCGUGGACAACACGUUCACCGACAGCAUCCUGCAGGAUACGGAUAGUGUCAUGGCGUCGCGAGAGAUCGCCACGUCCGUUGUCGCCCACCUGGUGAACAAGGUGAACUCCAUCUACGGUGGCAUUAACUUCGACGGCAUUGAAGACAUCAGCUUCGUCGUGCAACACAUUAUGAUUAGCGAGCCCGGAGACUGCGUGGGCUACAAGGCGAAGCAGGACCCGCUGUGCAGCACGUCGUUGGACCCGGCACAGCUUCUGUACCUAGUGUCGCUCACGCGCCACGACGACUAUUGCCUGUCAUUCAGGCUGAACUUCCGCGAUUUCGCAGACGGCACGCUGGGCCUUGCAUGGAUCGCCGGCGAGGAAACGGGCACUGGUGGCAUCUGUGAGCGGUACCGGUCGUCAGUGGAGUAUGAUCCCGUCAGAGGCGAAUACCGACAGGCCAAGAUGAGCCUCAACUGUGGAAUCACCACGCUCAUCAACCAACGCCAGUACGUGGGCCUACUGAUAGGCUCACUCACGCUCGCCCAUGAGAUUGGUCACAGCUUCGGAUCGCCCAUCGUCGAGGGUGAUGAGCAGUGUGACUGCGGCGCCACUGAAGCCGAGUGCACGGACAAGUGCUGCUACUCGAGGAACUGCGGACAACAGGUCGCUCGCCUGCCGCCUCAAACCAUCCGCCAAGUGCAGUGUUCUCUCACUGGAACCCGGGCCAAGUGCCCCGAUGCACCGGCCAAGGCUGACAUGACGGCGUGCAACAAGAACACCCAAGUGUGCCUGUCGGGUGAAUGCCAGGGCUCCGUCUGUGAGAAGUACGGACUGCUGGAGUGUUUCCGCAAGGCCGAGGGGCUGAGCAUAUCGGAGCAGUGCCUCCUCACCUGUGAGGCACCCGGUGACGUAUGCGAAGUGGCGUGCGCGUUCCCGAUCAUGGCCAGCCACUGCGGUGCCAAACUGCAACCGGGAUCCCCGUGCAACGACAUGCGCGGAUACUGCGACAUCUUUCACAAGUGCCGCCAUGUCGAACCGCGCGGUUUCCUGACGCGGCUGCAGGGCUUCUUCCUGGGAGGGCAGUCAGUCGACACCCUGUACGAGUUCGUCGCUCACCACCCGUUCACCGCGUGCAGCUCGUCAUGGUUCAUGGUACUCGUGUUCCGCUGCUUCGCAGUGCACACACACAGCAGCAAUCCUCUGAAGCAGCCGCCGUUCAAGCUGAAGGACACACUGCGGCACCCCAUCCAGAGCCUCGUCACUAUGGACCACUUCUACGUCUCCUACGGGCGAUUUACGUCCCGACCACGCCAGCAGCAUCACUAG